CCUCAUAUUCAGAAAAAUUGUAAUGUUUUUCAGGCUUAAUGUAAUGCGAUCUGCUCUGUACACUAAAGUUUUAGGAAAAGGUAAUUUAAUCGUGGUUCUGCUGAAAUAUUGGUGUUUGUAAUACCUAAUAGCUUGUGUUACUGUAGUUCUUAGGCACAAUAAGGUCAUAGUGAAGAACAUGCGUCGGAGAUUUCCGAAACACGUUCCUCACGGAGAUCUGUCGGAUGGACCUAUCAGAGGCCUUGUUUCAUGGCAGGUACCCGGAUGUAGCCGUGGGGCAAUUAGCUACGUCAUUGUUCACCGGCGGACACCCGCUGGAAAUAAGGAAUGGAUUUAAAACCGCUAUUAACAUGUUCAUAAGAGACUCCAGCUAUGAACAAUGACCAUAGUUGACAGACUGUCUGAAAAAUCUGACCACGAGUCAGUUGGAUUUAACCGAUCCUUCACCAGUGGAGAAGUGGGGAUGGAGGGCAGUUGUUCCAGCAGCUGGGCAGUGGGUCCCAGCAUGCCCGGUGACUCUCAGAGGCUCAAGUCUUCAGGAGGCUGCUUGGGUCCAACCCCCGGUGCUGCUGUCUAUAACGGCACACCCCCCUCUUUGGACCGUCCCAAGGACCAAGUGAUGAGCAUUGAAGAUGGUAUCGACUCGCCCCAGAAGGUCCUAUUUCCUCCAGAGCGGCUCAGUUUAAAGUGGAUCCAGGUGCACCGUAUUGGUGCUGGCCUGCAAAACAUGGGAAACACGUGCUUUCUCAACUCAGCCCUGCAGUGUCUCACCUACACUCCACCAUUAGCCAACUUCAUGCUGUCAAGGGAGCACUCAAAAACCUGUCAUGAGCCUGGGUUCUGUAUGAUGUGCACCAUGCAAAACCACAUCAUUCAGGUUUUUGCCAACUCUGGGAAUGUCAUUAAGCCCAUCGGUGUCCUCAAUGAGCUUAAAAGAAUUGCAAAGCACUUCCGCUACGGAAGCCAGGAGGAUGCACAUGAGUUCCUGCGGUACACAGUGGACGCUAUGCAAAAGUCCUGCUUACCUGGAACCAAAUUGGACAGGCAAACGCAGGCCACCACCUUCAUCCAUCAAGUAUUUGGAGGGUACCUCAGGUCCAGAGUGAAAUGUCUGAACUGCAAAUCAGUUUCUGAUACAUUUGAUCCUUUUCUGGAUAUCACUCUGGAAAUUAAGACGGCACCCAGUGUCUCCAAAGCUCUGGAGCAGUUUGUCAAACCAGAACAGCUGGAUGGGGAAAAUGCCUACAAAUGCACCAAGUGCAAAAAGAUGGUUACAGCCUCAAAGAGAUUUACAAUCCACCGCAGUCCUAAUGUGCUCACCCUUUCACUGAAACGAUUUGCAAACUUCACUGGAGGAAAAAUCACAAAGGAUGUUAAAUACCCAGAGUACCUAGACCUGCGGUCCUUCAUGUCCCAGUCCCAAGGAGAACCCCAGAUCUAUGGCUUGUACGCCGUCCUGGUCCACUCUGGCUUCAGCUGUCAUGCUGGACAUUACUUCUGCUACAUCAAGGCUAGCAACGGUCAGUGGUACCAGAUGAAUGAUUCCUCUGUGUCGGUGAGCGACAUCCGCUCCGUCCUCAACCAACAGGCCUACGUCGUUUUCUACCUUAAAUCAUCUGAUGUGAAGAAAACUGGGGAAUACAGCACUCUGAGCCAUAACCCAGGGAUCUGUGGUCAGUCAUCUCCCCGGCCGGCAGUAACCCAACGCAUCCACACCACCAUCCACCACAGCAACACUGGCUUCAUAGGUCCCCAGCUACCACCACACAUGACCAAGAGCACUCUCCAUGUUAAUGGGAAUGGAUCUCUGAGGGACUAUCCCAGCAAUUCCAAGGCCAGCAGCAGUGCAGUUGGAAAACCUAGCCAUGGAUCGGCCUCUUCCUCAAUCUCCCAUUCAAUCAGCCAACCCACAUCAAUUCCAGACCAAGAGAAGCGACAGAAACUUUCGUUUUUUAUUGGACAGGGCAAACAGAACCGUCCAUCUUCCUCGUCAGCUUACAGCCACCCAUCCUCUGCUAGCAGCUCCUCUUCAUCCAGCUCUUUAUCUUCCUCGCAGUCUACCUCAGACAUUCGCUUUGUUCCUCGUCAGUUAAACCAUGUUAAUGGCACGUCUUGCAGUAACGGGGAUCAACCCGUUGGUGGCAGUGGAUCUUCUUUCCUGGUGCCAUACAGUCAAGAAUCUUCGGAAGAAUCGGAUCAGGAGAACUGUACCGCUCAGGAUAUUGGCUGCUUGUCCAAGCCUCACACCAAGGGGAAUAAUGGAACAGGAGAUGUCUGUGCCUCUUCUGAAAACACAAACGGUGAAAUAGAUGUGUAUCAUAACAGUGAAAUGAAUGGGUCAGCCUCUGAAUUUACUAAAAUGAAACAAAAUGGACAAUUUAAUGGGUACCUCAAAGUUAAUGGACAAAACUCACCUGGGAAGGUAUCCAUCCAUAAUCAUGACAAUUCAUCUGUGAAUGCUGUUGCCAAUGGGCUUGGCAGCGACCAUAAUGAACCAAACAAAGAGAUCCAUGACUCGGCCUCUUCCCGGGCCAGUUCAGCUGAGAACAUUCAUCCUGCUGCUAAUGAAAGCAAGCCCCUCCCUGCUGCUGAUGAAAGGGCUAAAAUGCUGUCUGAACCUCUUUCUCUAUACGCAUCAUCCUCUGAUGUUUGCUCUUCACCUUCAGCUACUACUUCGAGGACUCACUCUGUUGCAUCUAGAGACUCUGCUAAUUUAGGGUGUCCUAGGAACCUUUCAGCCUUACCCUCAGAACUAGCCUGCUGUCAGAAAGCUAAUGGGAUUUCUGCAGCUGCUCAGAGCGUUAGCAAAACUGAGGAAGCAGUUCAGGAUUCCUUGCAGACUAAUGGUCCAUCAGCACGGACUGAAAGCAACACAGAUAAUAAGGGGCAGUGCCAGCCCAAGCCAGGUUCUAGAGACAAUGACAGGGAGUCCUCCCAUGACAAGGAGAGAGACAUGCUUUACUCUGACUAUAGCAGAGACAGAGAGAAACACUACAGGGAGAGAAGUCUGCCACGAGACAGUCACAGCGAUCGCCAUCGAUAUAGACGAGACUACAGAGAUCACCAUCGCUCAUAUCGAGAACGUUUUCCUGCUCCCGAUCGUAGCUACAGGGACUGGGACUCCGACCGUCUCAAGGAACGAGUUGGCUUGCACUCUUGGGAGAAGGAUCGAGAACGACACUCCUAUCAUUACAGCCAUUACCGUCACAGGUUUGAUGUGAGCCAUGAGAGGAGGGGAAAGCCCCACCUUCAAGAGUCUCACAGUCGUUGGAGGUGGCAACAGGACUGCCGGGAAUCCUGGGCAAUGAAGGACAAGAGGAAUGGGUGGGGCAGGGACUGUUACCAAUCAAAAGAAAGGAGUUCCUCCCCUGCUGGUACUGAUCUAGAAUCAAACAGGUCCAAGGUCUCCCCCACUCGGGAUCAUCUCUGUAAUUUUGACUCAGCUCAUAAGAGGGAUGAUCAGAGUAAGAAGAGAACAGCUGCUCAUCUAAGAAAGGAGAGAGAUGACAGCUCAGAGGGACGCUCCUUGAAAAAACAUAAAAAAAGCAAGAAAAAGAAUAAGUCGAAGGAUAAAGACAGACACCACGAGAGCAGCACUGAUCUGGAUUCAGACAGAGUCACUGAAACCAGGAAGAAGAAAAAGAAGAAGAGGCGGCACAGGGACAGCGAUUCAGAUUUGGGACGAGGCCACACCAACAGAAGCAGCAAAGACAGGGAGAAUCGAAAACGACGUCACUCUGACAUGAAGGACUCAAGGUACGACAGAGAUUCCUUACCGGAAAAACGCCACCGGGCAGACAGUGCCGACGGCGGCAGGGACCACCCAUGCCCAUCUCAUCAUAACCCUCUCUCAAACGAUCCAAUGCACCAACAUCUCAAUGGAUACACAGACUUGAAGAGUUUGCCCUGUUUCUCAGAGAAGGGUAGAACCAACGGUGACUUCAGUGGAUGCUCCAGUGGCCUCAAGCAGUGACUUUACCGCCCCAUUCACAACAUUCGACAACAGCAGAGGAAUGAUCACAAAAUUAUUUGAAGUGGUGCUUCUUCACUGGGAAGAAAACGUGUUUUUUAACAGGACUAGGGUUUAAAUGUGCAAAAAUACAGCUUCUUUACAGUGUUCUUUUAUUUCCGGUUAUUCUCCUAUGGUUAAAAACUAAAUCACCUGUUAAACAUUUACGAUUAAAAAAAUAUAUAUAUAGUUAUUUAAGUACAAACAUGCAAGUCUGGAGCUCAAACAUCACAGUUGCUGCUCAGUGGAACUCAGGACUCAAACAUGACAUAAAUCACUUAUCCACAUGGUUCAAGUCAUCAUGUUGUUUAGAAGAUGUCACCAUAUCUACAGAGCUGCAAUGUUUUUAGCUGUUUUUGUUUCUUGAUGUGUUCAAACUAAAGGAGGGGAAGAUAUUUAUGAAUGAAGCGGAUGAGCGCAGCGGUGCGAACAUGGGUUUGUUGACCUAUACCUCCAUGUUAACCCUGGACAGACUUGAGUACAUUUCUCUGCUGGUGUUUGUCUUUUGUUUUUUUUUGCAACUAUAUCCAUGGACCUCCUAAGACUCCCUUUUUAAACCGUUUGAGUUUUCUCUCUUCCUAAGUUGCAUUUCUCUCUCCUGUUUUCUUCAUAGGCAUUCAGAAAGAAAGCAUUUUUUAAGCAUUUAUUUCACAGCUGUGGACCAUUUGUUUAGUUUUUCAAAAAAAAAAGAAAAAUACAGUUUGUGUCUUCUAACGUCAUCAAAUAUACUGUGAAGUUAAGUUUGAACUGUACUAUCAGUUAUUUUUCUAAGUAAAAAGCCUGUAUCAGGAUCCUUGUGCUUUGUCUGUUGGAGGAUUUGUUGAUUUGGACCAUAUUCUCUGGACAUUAGUCAGUACUGGUUAUGGUUAGUUUUGGAGGGUGGGGGGGUUGUUUCUUUGUUUUUCAACUUUUGGAAGAAGUUGAGAAAAACUGCUGUUAUACCUUUUAAUUUAGCAUGUCUGAAUUUAUACAUUGUAUGAGGUAAAAGCCUUAAAUACACUUGUUAACGUCAGAAAUUGUAAUUUCUGUCCUUGGACUUUGUUUACAAGCUGUGUUGAAUGACAAAUGUUGACAUGUUGGAUUUAUGUACCUUUUGUAUUAUAGAGAAUUGAUUGAUUGUACUGAAGCCUUUUUGUUCAACAAACUAACACACACAAACUGUUUAGCUUACUUUGGUCAGUAUUAUGGCUGGAGUUUUCAUAUAUGAAAUAACCAAAGACUGGUUAUGUUUGAUCACUGAAUUCACAUGCACACUAAAGCUGUAAGCCUAA